CUCCAGACCUCCAGUGUAUGAGCAGUACUCCAGACCUCCAGACCUCCAGUGUAUGAGCAGUACUCCAGAGUUUGCCCCUGCUGUAUAGAAUCAUAGGUUAAAUCGGGUGUCAAACUCAUUCCACGGAGGGUCGAGUGUCUGGGUUUUUGUUUUUUCCUUUCAAUUAAGACCUAGACAACCAGGUGAGGGGAGUUCCUUACUAAUUAGUGACCGUAAUUAAUCAAUCAAGUACAAGGGAGGAGCAAAAUCCCACAGAUAUUCAGCCUUCUAUGGAAUGAGUUUGACACGUGUAUGAAAUUAAUUUGGUUCACUGUAGUCUUUUGAAAUGGGAAUUGAAUGAACAACCAAUCCAUAGACAGUUUCACACCCAACUAGCUGUUUAUUGUUUUCCAUCCUUUUGAGGAAAAUCUAUGAGGCUUUGGCCCCUUGUGGGGUAUGAGAUCGUUGAGACAAUUUGGCCGGUGAUGGCUGGUCCACUCCAGGAGUCUGAGGUGCAGGAGGUUCCUCCGCCCCCUCUGGACAUCGACAGGGCCCAGGCGUAUACUGUUCGAGCCAUCAUGGACUCAAGGCGUCGGGCAAGGGGCCUUCCGUACCUCGUGGAGUGGGAGGGGUACAGUCCGGAGGAGAGAUGCUGGGUGCCGGUGGAGGACAUCCUAGACCCUUCGUUACUGCGGGAAUUUCACCGUCUCCACCCGGAUCGUCCUGCGCCUCGUCCUCCGGGUCGUCCCCGAGGCCGGUGUCGGUGCGCUGCUGGAGCCGCGCACGUCAAGGGGGGGGGGGGGGCUGUCGCUACUAUUUUGUAA